AUGAUAGAAACGUCUCUCUGUACGCAAAUUCGUGAACUUCUGCUGAUGGUGUUCAAGCGAAAUGCAGUCAUAUUCUGUAAACGAAGGCAUCGUAUUUCGAUUCCACGACGAUGGACUCUGCUAGUAGCCUCUGCUGUGAUCUUCUACACACUAUUUGUAACUGUAAUGAAAAGUGAAAAAGUAAAUAUGAAUUUCACUGAGAAGGAUGUAUUUGUAUCGGAUGCAGCUCGGCGAUUACCCAGAAAGGGCAGACUGUUGUGUUUUGUUAUAACCACACCAAAGCAUCACAGUACACGUGUACCUGCAAUAAAUGAAACUUGGCUUCCACGUUGUGAUCAUGGCCAAUUUUUUACAAGUCUAGAAAUGGAUUCCAGCAUUCCGCACAGUACAAUCUUAGCGAAAAUUCCUGAUGACUACAAUUAUUUGUUUCAUAAAACACUUCUCUCAUUUUAUUAUGCAUAUACGGAGAUCUCAAGUGAAUUCGAUUGGUACUACAAGGCUGACGAUGACACUUACGUGAUUAUGGAGCACAUGUAUGAGUAUUUGGCAACGCUUGACCCGAACGAACCCUACUACUUGGGUUACAAUCUUAAACCUUAUCUGCCACGCGGCUACAAUGGAGGUGGAGCUGGUUACGUUCUCAGUCGAGCAGCACUAAAAUUGUUCUUGAAACGUUCGUAUGCAGACAGAAAAACAUGUCCCUUCGAUCCCUAUGAAGAUCUUGGUAUGGGAAGAUGCCUACAAAAUAUCGAAAUAUUUCCGCAUGAUACAAGAAAUGAACAUGGACAAGAGCGUUUUCAUACAUAUCGUCCUGAUGAUAUGUAUCACGGAAAAAUUGCAGACAAAUGGCACUAUCACCAGCAAAUCAACGUGGCAGCGAUCAACGAAACGUGGAUGUCACAUUGUCAUAACGGGGAAUUUCUCAUGAAGGAAGAAAUAACUUCAAACGUUCCACGCAGCAAAGUGCUCCCUCAUUUAUUUGAGAAUAGCAGUAAUUCAAUUUUUGAAGUGUUCCGAUAUGCCUAUUACAAUAUAUCGACCGAAUUUGAUUGGUACUACGUGGUCACCGAUGACACAUAUACGAUCGUUGAGAAUUUGUACCGUCACCUUUCGCUACUAAACGCUAACGAGCCGCAUUAUUUUCAACUGAUUGGCACUACAGCAAAAACGCAUGAUAACAGCACUAUAGAAUACGUGCUAAGUCAUACCGGCCUCAAACUCUUUGUGGAUCAACUCGAAUCGGAAGCAAAGGAUUGUACAAAUCUAACCAGUGAUGAAGUUAACGCAAAGAAGUGUUUGGGUAGUAUCGACAAUAUUUCUCAAGAUAGAACGAAUGCACAGGGAAAAAAUCGGAGUGAAAGCAAUUAUCAACAACAUCUGAAGCCUCAAAAGUGGGUUCUCUCCGAUGAUGUCUCAUUCCAUCGUUUAACGUCAGACGAAAUACGGAUCUACGAUGAUCUUAUUUAUCGAUUACGUUCACCGCAAUUAUCAAAGUUCUUUGUAAAUAGGAUUUAUCCAAGAUCAUCGCCGGCAGUUCCUCUCUGGUGUCCGAACUCCACUAUGGAUGAAGAUUUUCGUCAUACUGUGCUGGCGAUGCAUAACAAUUUCAGGUCAAGCAUCGCUUUAGGACUUAAAGAAGCAAAUGGCCUGAUAGGAAUAGCUCCCCCAGCCAAGCUCAUGUACAAUAUGGUAUGUCCAGUAAGUGAAGGGAGAGUAUCUUAG